GGAGUGGACAGACUUCUGCCAUCUUUAUUGAAUGUACCCCAGAGAAGUUUUGGGAUCGAUUAUGACUGCAACUGCUUUGUGAAGGACGGGAGCCCUUUCCGCUACAUCUCAGGCAGCAUUCACUACUCGCGGAUUCCCCGCUACUACUGGAAGGACCGCCUGGUGAAGAUGAAGAUGGCAGGGCUUGAUGCCAUUCAAAUGUAUGUGCCAUGGAACUAUCAUGAACCACGACCAGGCGUAUAUGAUUUCUCUGGUGACAGAGACCUUGAGUAUUUCCUGCAGCUUGCUCAUGAAACUGGCCUGUUGGUGAUCCUGAGAGCGGGGCCUUACAUCUGUGCAGAAUGGGACAUGGGUGGUUUGCCUGCGUGGCUGCUGGAGAAGGAAUCUAUUGUUCUCAGGUCUUCUGAUUUAGAUUACCUGGCUGCUGUAGGGAAAUGGAUGAGUGUCCUUUUGCCAAAGAUGACACGUUACCUCUACCAAAAGGGAGGUCCAAUCAUCAUGGUGCAGGUAGAGAAUGAAUAUGGAAGCUACUUUGCUUGUGACUACGACUACCUGCGUUUCCUUCAGAAGCUCUUCCGCCAGUAUCUUGGAGAUGAGGUGGUGCUCUUCACCACUGACGGUGCAAGCAAGUCUCACUUGAGAUGUGGAGCUCUUCAGGGUCUUUAUGCAACAGUGGACUUCGCCCCAGGCGUCAAUGUCACAGCAGCAUUCUUAACUCAAAGAGCCAGUGAACCUACAGGCCCUUUGGUUAAUUCUGAGUUUUAUACUGGAUGGUUGGAUCAYUGGGGACACCGUCAUUCUGUUGUGCCCGCACAAGCAAUAGCUAAAACCCUUAAUGAAAUCUUGGCACGUGGUGCUAACGUGAACCUGUACAUGUUUAUAGGUGGGACUAACUUUGGCUAUUGGAAUGGUGCUAACAUGCCCUAUUUGCCACAGCCCACUAGCUAUGACUACGAUGCUCCACUGAGCGAAGCGGGGGAUCUCACAGAAAAAUACUUCGCCUUGCGGGAAGUCAUUGGAAUGUAUAACCAGUUACCAGAAGGCCUUAUCCCUCCAACAACACCCAAAUUUGCUUAUGGGAAGAUUCGCAUGCAGAAGGUGGGUACUGUGGUGGACGUUCUUAACAAACUCUCAUCUGCUGGACCAGUAAAAAGCACUUACCCCUUAACUUUUGUUCAACUAAAGCAGUAUUUUGGGUUUGUACUGUACAGAACUGUCCUUCCGAAAAACUGUACGGAGCCAACACAACUCGCUUCGCCUCUGAACGGAGUCCACGAUCGAGCCUAUGUCUCUGUGGAUGGGGUUCCUCAGGGUGUCCUUGAAAGGGGUGUAUCACUCGCCAUAAAUAUCACUGGGAAGGCUGGAGCAAAUCUGGACAUCUUGGUAGAGAAUAUGGGCAGAGUCAACUUUGGGCGAUUCAAUAAUGACUUCAAGGGUCUAGUUUCAAAUUUAACUCUUGAUCAAGAUGUACUUGUCGAAUGGGAAAUCUAUCCUCUAAACAUAGAUGGAGCAGUGAACCAUGACAUCAAUGGCCAAUCUGAGCAACUAUCGAGAUCUCUUGGUAAUCCAUCAAGUUAUGAAGCACCCACAUUUUACACUGGUAGACUUUCAAUUCCUGGUGGGAUUCCAGAUCUGCCUCAAGAUACCUACGUCAAGUUUCCUGGCUGGACAAAGGGGCAGAUUUGGAUCAAUGGCUUUAACCUGGGUCGCUACUGGCCUGCCCGUGGUCCUCAGUUAACCCUCUUUGUGCCAAGCAAUAUCCUUGUUUCCUCGGUGCCGAACAACGUGACGGUGCUGGAGCUGGAGCGGUCGCCCUGCAGCACGCGGGGCUGCGAGAUAGAGUUUGUAGACACGCCUGUUAUCAAUGCAACCACGCAGCACACUAGGGAUGCCCCUCGGCUCUUCGUGAGAGACACGGAGCAGAACCCGCUGUGAUGGCUCGAGCCUUUCCUUGCUCUUUCGCCAACKUGGCUUCCCUUUUCCCUCAAGCCAAACUUCCCUUUUUUAAAAAAGUCAKUGUUGGUCAGUAGGUCGUAGAGCUGAGGAAGGUUUUAGAAUUCGUAAAAGACUUCCCUUUUCUCCUUGUUUUUAAACUAGCAAGAGUCAAAUACAGAAAUUCUCUUUAAGAAUGAAAAAGAAAGAAGAAGCUGUAGAUUUAAAGUUGACCUUGGAUUGUGAAACAGAACCCAGGUGAAAGAUAAUGUUGGUGUCAUAAAAAUGUAGCCCCACAUACUGUGCUUGAACUCUUAAUUUAUCAUUUUUUGGCACUGGAGAGCAGUGUAUUAAGAGGUGCACAAUCCCUCGAGCCUGCAGCCUGUUCCUGCCUGCAUCAGAGGGGCUGGUGCUUCAGAGCAGCCAAUAUUUUCUGGUAUCUGGUUAGUGUCAGUGUCGUCUUAGCCUGCACUCAUUUGCUGCUCAUGUUGAGUGGAUCUCAUCUCUUGUUGCGCUGCCAUGUGAGUGACCACGGAAAGUCUUGAGCUCGUUUCCUCUGAGGGGGAGAGCACCCAAGUGCAGGCUGGUCUAAACAGCAGCCGGGGGGUUAUUGGGGCCCGUGGUCACAGUYCUGCAGCCACCCCUGCGAUGCUGCUGGGUGAUGCUCACAUUUCUGAGCCCAUUUACUGCUUCUCUUCUGUGAUCUCUGAAGUCUUAAGAGUCGACUAAUAGGUUCAAGGACUUAGGUAAAACUUAGGCUCGCUCUGUUGGACCAUAGACUGGCUAACUUGCCUGCUGUAUAUGGUCUUAAAGUGAGCCAUUUUAAAAUUACAUUUGUAAACUUAUUGUGUGUGCGUUACUUUUAAUAAUGGACUUGUAUGCCUGUUUUUCAUAGGCCGGAGCCUUGAAAGCUGAAGGUUUUAAGUCAAAGCAUUACAUUCUUUUUUUAGUCACUAUUUGACAUUUUAUGGUUUUU